AUGUCGUCCAUCAGCAAGCAGCUGUCCUCAAUCACCUGCACAGGCAGGAAGGAGUCUUCCUCCUCCAGUGAGGUCCGACUGGUUAUGCUGGGGAAGACCGGCAGCGGAAAGAGCGCCACUGCCAACUCCAUCCUGGGUCGCAGAGCCUUUGAAUCCCAGGUCUGCAGCGCCUCUGUUACCAGGCGGUGUCGCAGGGCAUGUGGAGACUUCCGGGGACGACACAUCACACUCCUGGAUACCCCGGGGCUUCUGGACCCUUAUCAGACCCCUCAGGAGGUGCAGAAGGAGCUGAAGAGGAGUGUAACUCUCCUGUUUCCCGGCCCCCACGCCUUCCUACUGGUUUUUCAGAUUGGGAGGUUCACAGAGGAGGAGAAGGAGGCAGUGCUCCAGAUCAAACAGGCUAUGGGGCCACAGGUCCUGGGCUUCUCAGUGGUAGUUUUCACCCAUGGAGACAGUCUGGCAGAGGAGAUAUCUGUGAAGCAUUGCCUGAUAGAACGGUGCGAAGGCCUGGCUGAGCUGGUGGCUAGGUGUGGUGGGAGGUACUGCGUCUUUAACAACCACAACUCCAAGACCAAGGAACAGGUGUCCGAGCUGCUGGCCAUGGUGGACAGCGUGGGGAAGGCUAAUGGAGGAAGCUGCUACACCAGCAAGAUGCUCCAGGCAGCAGAGGAGGAGAUGGCACAAAACCUGCAGGUAGAGAGGAGGCUGCAGAAGGAGAAGGAGGAGCUGGUGAAGAGGAAGCAGGAGGCGGCAGUAAGAGAGUGGUACCAAAGAGAACUAGAGAAGAUUCAGUCAAAGAGCGAGAGAGAGAUCCAGGAGCUGAGGAGAAAAUACGAGAUACUGCGAGAGAAAGAUGAGAAACUGGCAAGGGAGAAGGGGGAGCAACAGCUGAGGCUGGUCACAACGAAGAUGGAGGAGCAAAAAACAAAUGAGGGAAAACUCAAGAGACAGCUGGAUGAAAGCCUGCGGAGAGAGAGAGAAAGAUGUCAGGUGGAAAUUCGCCGGCUGAAGAGGGAGCUUGGGAAGUGCUCAGAGUUGUACGAGGAGGAUAUCCUGAAGAAAUCUGCCGAGGAACAAAGCUUUAUAACUGCAUUUACCAGACCUGUGACUGGAUAUGCCCAAGAGAUGGGGCUGGUAGUGCUGAAUAUAGCUGUAGAGAGCAUUGGAGCAUCCUGCGCUAUACAGUAA